AUGAACAGUACAGACUAUGCCCUCAGGACAGACACUGCGGUUCCAGAUGGAGCGGUCGACAAGGCGUCGGUCACUCAUGAGGAGGCCGUCUUCAGGGCCUCACUGACCGACGAGGAGAAGAUCAUCGAGCGUAAAUUGCGUCUUCGUAUCGACUCAUUGAUUAUGCCCCUUGUUGUUCUAGUAUACUUGCUAAAUUACAUUGACCGCAAUAACUACGCCGCAGCGAAGCUUCAAGGCCUCACAGAGGAGCUUAACCUCACAGAUACACAAUACCAAACUGGUCUAUCAGUCCUCUUUGUCGCAUACAUUUUGAUGCAAGUCCCGAGUAACUUGCUUCUCAACUAUAUGGGUCGCCCUUCUCUCUACCUGGGAUUUUUUGUUAUUGCCUGGGGUCUCGUGUCAGCUCUGACAAGCCAAGUUAAGAACUAUGGUGGUAUUGUGGCGUGUCGCUUCUUGUUGGGACUGGUCGAGGCUCCCUUUUUCGCCGGCGUCCUCUUUUACCUAUCCAAGUGGUAUACAAAGAACGAAUUGGCUUUCCGAAUGAGUAUUUUCUACUCCGGAUCGCUCAUCAGUGGUGCUUUUGGAAACCUUAUUGCCGCCGGAAUUCUCAGUGGCCUGAAGGGCAAGCGUGGAAUGUCAGCAUGGCAAUGGCUGUACAUCAUCGAGGGCUCGAUCACUGUCUGUGUUGGAAUUUUGAUUGUUUUCAUUCUUCCGGAUUUUCCAGAGACAUGGAAGCUUUUGUCGCCUGAAAUGCGCCGAGUUGCUGAGCGACGCCUUGCUAUUGAGGCAGCCGAGGCAGAUGUGGAUGAAGAAGGUGGAAUGAGCCAACUGAAAGGCUUGAAGAUGGCUAUGACAGACAUCAAGACAUACGUCCUGGCCCUGGGAUACAUGUGUAUUACCGGAUCAGCUGGUUUCCAGAACUUCUUCCCAACACUGGCCAAAACACUUGGCUACAAUGAUACCAUCUCGCUCCUCUUGGUGGCACCACCAUACGUCUUCAUGGUUUUCUACAGUCUCUCCCAUUCUUGGAUCUCAGAUAAGUUGGAGAUGCGCUUUUGGUUCUUUGUCUACCCAAUCGUUAUCACCGUCGUUGGGUUUGUCAUUUUCAUGACCGUCGGCAGUUUCGGUCCCCGGUACUUCUCCAUGUUUUUGAUGGUUUUCGUGUUCGCCCAGAACGGUACGCUCUACUCUUGGAUCGCCAAUGCAAUUCCUCGCCCACCCGCCAAACGUGCAGCAGCCUAUGCUUUCAUCAACUCCAUCGGUAACUCGGCUAGUAUCUGGACACCAUAUACCUAUAUUGCCACCGAGGCACCUUACUAUCAAACCGCAUUGGGUGUUUGCAUUGGCCUCCAAGCGAUCGGUGGCUUGUGUGGUUUAUUUAUGUACCUUAACUUGCGUAUGCUCAAUAAGCGACAGGAGCGUUUGGAGAAUGAGGACCACCAACUGACUGACAAGGAGCUCCGUCGGUUGCAAGUGACAGCGGACUUUGAGGGAAUUGACCUUGCUGCUGCACGACAGUUGCAAAAGGGAUUCCGGUACAUGCUGUAG